CUACAACUCCAUUUCCAUUUCCAUUUCUCUCUACUUCAUUUUCAUCAACAAACCCUCAUAUCCCUCUCUUCACCAUGGCUCUCUCCAAACCCACCUUCUUUACCCAUCUGAAAUUCUUAACCAAACCCUAUCCCCAUCACCACCACCCGCUACCAUCGUUCAUCUCUCUCCGCUUCCUCUCCUUUGCCACGCCGGAGGAGGCCGCCGCCGAGCGCCGUCGUCGUAAGCGUAGUCUCCGCAUCGAACCUCCUCUGAACUCCCUCCGCCACUCCCAACCUCAGCAAUCCCAACAACCCCGUCCAGCCCAAAACCCUAACGCCCCCAAAUUACCCGAAAAUGUCUCCAUUCUAACUGGAAAUCGCCUCAACCUCCACAACAAGAUCCUAACCCUAAUCCGCCAGAAUGAUCUCGACGAGGCAGCCCUCUACACCCGCCACUCUAUCUACUCCAACUGCCGCCCCACCAUCUUCACCUGCAACGCGGUCAUGGCCGCCCUUCUCCGUCAGUCUCGCUACUCCGACCUCCUCUCCCUCCACCGAUUCAUCACCCAAGCCGGCGUCGCCGCCAAUGUGGUCACCCACAAUCUCUUGAUUAACGCUUAUAUGGAUUGCCGGAAAACUGACACCGCCUUGGAACACUACAAGCAACUGAUAAAUGACGCUCCUUUUAACCCGUCUCCGACUACUUAUCGCAUUCUGAUCAAAGGACUUAUCGAUAAUAGUAAAGUCGAAAGGGCUUUGGAGCUGAAAGAUGAAAUGUUGUCAAAGGGUUUUAAUGCAGACCCAAUUGUUUAUAGCUAUUUGAUGUGGGGUGAAGCGAAGAAUUCGAAUGCGGAUGGCGUUUUUAAGCUUUAUGAGGAGUUGAAGGAGAAGCUUGGAGGGUCUGUUUCUGAUGGGGUUGUGUAUGGGAGCUUGAUGAAAGGGUAUUUCUUGAGGGGAAUGGAGAAGGAGGCUAUGGAGUGCUACGAAGAGGCAGUGGGCGAGAGUUCUAAAAUUAAGAUGAGUGCAGUGGCGUUCAAUUCGGUGUUGGAUGCUUUGAGCAAGAAUGGGAAGUUCGAUGAGGCAUUGAAACUGUUUGAUAGGAUAAUGGCGGAGCACAACCCGCCAAUCAAGCUAACUGUGAAUUUGGGAAGCUUUAAUGUGAUGGUAGAUGGCUAUUGCGCACAAGGGAGAUUUAACGACGCAAUUGAGGUGUUUAAGAAUAUGGGUGAGAAGAGAUGUAGUCCGGAUACUCUGUCGUACAAUAAUUUGAUCCAACAAUUGUGCAACAAUGGUUUGCUGGGUGAAGCAGAGGAGUUGUAUAAUGGUAUGAGUGAGAAGGGGGUGAGCCCGGAUGAGUUCACUUUUGUUUUGUUGAUGGAUACUUGCUUUAAAGAGGAUCGACCUGAUGAUGCUGCAGGGUAUUUUAGAACAAUGAUUGAUUCUAAGCUGAGGCCGAAUUUGGGGGUUUAUAAUAAGUUGGUUGAUGGGCUUAUUAAAGUUGGUAAAAUUGAUGAGGCAAAAUCAUUUUAUGAUUUGAUGGUGGGGAAGCUUAGGAUGGAUACUGCAAGCUAUGAAUAUAUGAUGAAGGCAUUAUUUGAGGCUGGGAAGGUUGAUGAGGUGCUCAAAAUGGUUGGUGGAAUAUUGAGGGAUGAUGCCUCUGAUUUCACUGAGGAGUUGCAGGAGUUUGUUAAUGGAGAAUUGAAGAAGGAAGGGAGGGAGGAGGAGUUGGUGCAGCUUAUGGGGGAGGUAGAAAAGGAGAAGGCUGAAGCUGCAGCCAGGGAGGCUGAAGCUGCAGAAAAGGCUAAGAACAGUGCAAGAGCUGCUGUUUCUUCUUUAAUAUCAUCUAAGUUGUUUGGGGCUAAGGAUGCUGAGGAAGAGUCACGCGCUGACACUGAAAAUGCUGUUGAGGCUAAAGCUGCGAGUGAGGAAGGGGGGGAAGAAGUGAGUGAUGGAGAAACUCCUUUUGUAGAGGAUGGUUCUGGUGAUGUAGGCUCAGCAGAAGAAGCUAUAGAAGGUGAGAUUCUAGCUGAGGUAGAAGUUAAAAGUGAUGGCGCCAGCGAGCAGGUAACAGCUUAAAUAUGCAAGAAGUUGGAGAUUAAUGGAUGGGGAAUAUAUUAUGUUAUGCUUUCCUUUUCUUUUCUUUGUUUUUUCCCGUAGAACUGCUUUAUUGGAUGAAACUAACAUCAUCUGCCCUUCUGGUCAGAUUAUUUAUAAUCACAUCAAAAUUAUCAUAAAUUUGUUCUUUCAA